AGUAGUCCAGUCUACCCUAGAAAAUGUUAAGGGACCGAAAGAGGCCUUAACAUUGGGGGACUUGGAACCCUGGGAGCCUAAGCCAGGAGUUCCAUUGCUUUCUUGCAAUGAAGCACGGGGAUUCAUUAGAAAGAGGGGAAACAAGGCCUUUACUGCUAAACAAGAAUUAUUCGUCAAGUAAUUAUGAAGAUGACAUAUCAUCGGAAGUACGUCAAGGGCCAUGCCUGCAGAAUAAACCUAGUAAUUGGAAGGCACCAAAAAUUAUAUUGGGACUCGUCUAUUUAGACAGUGUAGCUUUCAAUGGCGUUGGUGCAAAUUUAGUUGUAUAUCUUCAAAGCAUCCUUCAUGAAAGCAGUGCUUCGAGUGCAGCAAAUGCCUCUACUUGGAGUGGAACAACUUAUUUCGCAUCAUUGGUUGGAGCUGUAAUAGCUGAUUCAUGUUGGGGGAAUUUCAAAACAAUCAAAAUCUCCCUCAUUAUUUAUCUUCUUGGGAUGAUCACAGUAACUCUGUGUGCUUUCUCGCCAUCUUUAAAGCCUCCAGCGUGUGAAGGAAGCUCAUGUCACCCAGCAAGUGCAGCUCAAAAUCUUGCUUUCUUUUCUGGGUUGUAUCUUGUUGCCUUUGGGAGUGGAGUAAUCAAGUCAACAACACUUCCUUUUGGUGCAGACCAGUUCGAUGAUGAGAAACCAACAGAAAGAGAAAAGAAGGGGUCUUUCUUCAGUUGGUUCUAUCUCUGUAUCACCUUAGGAUUUUUUACUUCAGUCACUUUAAUAGUCUGGAUACAACAAAAUGUGGAUUGGGCAUUUGGAUAUGGCAUUGCAACGUGCAUAUUUCUAUCUCUAGGAGCCUUUCUCUUAGGAACACCAACUUAUAGCUUGCGGAUGCCAAGUGGCAGCCCUUUGAAGAGUGUUCUUCAGGUUGUGGUAUCCUCUUUCAAGAAGAUAAACUUGGAAGUUCCCAAGGAUGGCAGUCUCUUGUACGAGGAGAAUAAAAACUCACAUGAUUUGGCACAACAGAGAUUAGCACAUACUGAUGGAUUCAGGUUUUUAGACAAAGCUGCUGUUGUUUCUGAUUUGGAUUUGAAGGAUAGCGAUUCUAGGAGUUCAUGGAGGCUAUGCACUGUUACUCAAGUGGAGGAGUUAAAGAUACUACUACGCUUGCUUCCUAUAUGGGCAACCGGUGUCAUAUAUGCAGCUGCAUGUGCUCAAUUGUUCACAACUUUCAUCCAACAAGGGAGCGCCAUGAACACCAGGAUCGGAUCCUUCUCCGUCCCUCCAGCAUCCUUGGCUUCUUUUGAAGUGAUUUGUGUCAUGCUUUGGGUCAUUUUCUAUGACAAAAUCAUAGUCCCAGCAACUAGAAGCUACUUCAGAAAUGAAACUGGACUUUCCCUGCUGCAGCGUUUGGGAAUUGGCCGUUUUCUAAUAAUCCUAACAAUGGCAACAGCUGCACUUGUGGAGGCAAGGAGAUUGGGGAGUGUUAAGACCGGCGAACCUAUAAGCAUCAUGUGGCAGCUUCCUCAGUUUUUUAUCCAAGCAGGCUCCGAUGUCUUCAGUAAUAUUACACUGUUGGAGUUCUUCUAUGGUCAGGCACCUGAAAGAAUGAAGAGCACGUGCACUGCACUUGCGCUGCUCUCAACCUCGCUUGGAAGUUACUUGAGCUCUCUUAUUGUCACACUUGUUGCAGUUAUAACAACCAGAGGAGGGGAACCGGGAUGGAUUCCGGAUGAUGUGAACGAAGGGCACCUGGACUACUAUUUCUUGCUGUGGGCAGCCCUGUGUGCAUUGAAUUUUUCUGUCUAUGUUGCAUUUGCAAGGAAGUACACACCGAAGACAGUCAUUAUGGAGGCCUGAAGAUGUUUUUUUGAGUAAAAGCUUAAGAUGUAGUUACAGAAGUAAAGUUGCCAGCAAAAUUUAUUUUGUGUAUUAUGAUGCGUAGUAAUUACUACUACAAUUCUUCUGUUAGCUGCAGCAACAUCCUAAGAAGGGAGUCUUUUAGUCUUCGAUUUGAUGGAACAGAUUUAGAGUAUACUGGAAUUAUGAAUUGCCAUAAAUUUUGAUAUUGUCUUAAUAUAGUUGUUUGAUAUCUUUCGAGAUAUUUAACACUAUCGAUCUCAUAUGGGGCGCCUGAAAGUUAA